AAGGGCGGUGCCCCAUGACAUCAGCAGCGCCUUCCCUGGACAUUCUACAUUCUCCCAGAGAACUCUUGGCAUUCCCUGUGACGUCACCAGUGUCGUAGCGACACCAACUGCCCUUAGGAGAUCCCUUCAGUGUCUCUAGAGCACACCAUUAGACAUGUUGUCAAGAUUUAGGUCUCUUCUUGUGAGAGGCAGUGGAGAACUUCCUGAGACCAGAGCGAGGCAGCAGGAAGCUGCCCUUCAGACUAGAAGUAAAACAGGAAGAAAGAAAUGGUUCUGGCAGAAGAGCAAGGCUGCUGUGGAGGCCUCAUCCCAGCCAACGCCCCUCACCCAGAAACAGGUGAAGAAGGAACUGGAGAGGCUGAGCACGGAGCUGCAGCUGAUGAGAAGACAAAGGGAUGAGCUGCGAGAUCGCCUGCUCUUCAUCACGGAAGGAACCGUGGACAACAGGCCCUACCACAAGCCAAAUCCUUUCUAUGAGAAACUGAAGUUGGAGCAUGAACAGGUCAUGUCAGAACUGAAGAGACUGCAGAAUGAGAAGACAGGAGCAUCAGAGAAGUGCCAUGAGCUGACCAAGGAGACAGUCUUUUAUCGAGGUCUGCACAGCCGACUCGUGAUGGAACAGACUCAGAUGACCAAGAAGGUGGACAUGCAGAGGCAGGAGAACAGACACCUGCUGGAGGAUUGGGUCCUGCUGAAGCGCCACCUGGAGGACUUGAGAGAGCUCUGCAAGGAUGGAGAGGAAGAGACCAGUGACCUCCAAACCCCAGAACAGCAGGAGCUGCAGAGACUGCAGAAAAUACUUGACUUCCUGAUGAAGCAGAAGGAGACGGUCAUGCAGGAAAAGGAGUUGGUGGAGAAGCUGCAGCAUCACUUGGAGAUGUCCCAGAUGAGGUUCAAAAGCAUUCAGCCUGUCCUGAAGCCGGCCACAUCCUAGGAUUAGAGCCACUUUAAGACACAGCUGCUUCAGCAAGAGACACCUGCUGAGUCACAUCCCUGGAACUACUGAAUUCUCCCUCAGUCUUGGUGGAGAACAUGACAGACAGAGCCCAAUAGAGGAAAGGCUGUAGCCAUCUUGACAAAGCUGUCACACUGUAGACUCCCCUGCUACUCUGCAAGGCCAGCCCUAGGUUGCAGGACUGUGCCUGUCAAUCUGCAGGAAGAAAAUGCUGUUCAUUUUCUGUUUUGUUUUGGUUUUGGUUCAUGUUUUUGAGUUUGGUUGUUUUUGUUUUGCUGAUUUGAUGUUAUUCUUGUUAUUGUUUUUCCUAGGUUGUUUUUUAUUGACUACCCCUUUAAAGCCCGAUUUGAGACAAGUGUAUUUUUCAUGAAUUAAAAAGCCAUUC